AUGUCGGAGAAGACGCUCCUCGCGUCAGCAGCACCUGCAACGGCGCCACAGGCACCAGCAGUACACUCAACCAGGCGUCAAGCCUUGCGCAAGAUAUUUGCUAUUGCUGCUACGGCUUCGCUGAUUCUCUAUGGACUCCCUCGAGCCGGUUAUGAACCUACGGGUGACUACCAAGAGGACAGCGAGCUGUGCCUGACUCCAGCCUGCGUACACGCGGCGUCUGAGGUCCUGCACAGUCUCUCGCCCCAGUACAAGGAGCUUGAUCCAUGCGACGACUUUGAGGAGCUGGUCUGUGGCGGAUGGAGAGACCGCCACGACCUCCGUGCUGACCAAGGCGAUGUCUUCACGGGUACCAUCAUGAGCGAAAACUCACAGAUGCUCCUGCGUCACAUUCUUGAAGCACCCUACCCAAAGGAUUCAGCGCAUUCCUACUUCUCGCCUAUGAAGCUGAUGUCCGUCUCCAAGUCCGCAGAUGAGGAGAACUUCGACAAGAUGAAGGCCGCCUAUGAUGCCUGCCUUAACGAAGACCAAAUCAAGAGCGCCGGUGUGCAGCCUCUUGUACGUAUCUUGGACGAGAUCAAGAAGGCCUUCCCUGUUGGCGCGUCCGAGUCCCCUUCGGUCAAGGACGCUAUCCUCCACUUGGCCAAGUACGGCAUCUCUGGCCUUGUAGCCGCUGGCACCGGCCCUGAUGACACUGAUCCCGACACCGUGGUUGUAUCUGUAGCUGCACCUGGCAGUAUUGGGCUCCCGUCUAAGGAGCGGUACGAAGAUGAGAAGCUUGUGGAGAAAUACCGUGAUGUUGUUGUCCAGGUACUCAGUGCUCUAUACCCAGACCAAGACAAGGCCACAUUCGCAAGCAUCAUUGAUCUCGAGAAGAAGCUCGCGGCUGCAUCCCCUAGUGAGGAGGACAGAGAGGACGUUACCAAAGCCUACAACCCAAUGAGCAUCGAUGAGGCCACAGCAAUCGCUCCUGAGAUUGAUCUAAAAGCGGUGCUCGAAGCUCAAGCCCCUAAAGAUGCCAAGAUUGAGCGUGUUAUCGUGGCAACCCCCAAGUACUUGAAAGACCUCUCAGUCAUCCUGGCUGCGACACCAAAGGAUGUUCUUCAGGGUUACUUCGUGUGGAAGGCUGUUCAGUCCUUUUCCGCUUACGUUGAUGCGGACGCUGUCAAGCCAUACCGCCGCUUUGUCAACGUACUGUCUGGCAGGGACCCUGACUCUGCUCCCGAGCGAUGGCGCACAUGCGUUAGACACGUCGACAAUGGCCUAGGUUGGAUCCUUAGUCGCUUCUUCGUAGAAAAGGCAUUCUCUGCCAAGGCUAAGACUUUCGGUGACACCAUCGUCACUGAUAUCAAGACUGAAUUCACCAAGAAGCUCAACGCAGCCCAAUGGAUGGAUGACGAUACUACGAAGAAGGCAGUCGAGAAGGUUCACAACAUCGUUCAGAAGAUCGGUUACCCAACCAAGAGCCCAGACAUCAUGGACCCGCCUACGCUCGAAAAAUACUACGAGCCGGUCAAUGUCUCUUCAGACACCUUCUUUGAGAACGAGGUUGCUGUUCGUCUUUUCUCUGUCAAGGAAGAGUGGUCUGCUCUCGGCAAGCCUGUUAACCGUGACGAAUGGGGCAUGACUGUCCCAACUGUGAACGCCUACUACAACCCUCCUGGCAAUGAAAUCGUCUUCCCAGCGGGUAUCAUGCAGUUCCCUGUCUUCGAUGUCGAAAUCCCGGAAUACAUGUCCUAUGGUGCGUUUGGCUCGGUCGCAGGCCACGAGCUCAGCCACGCCUUCGACAGCACAGGCCGUCACUACGAUCAAAAUGGUAACCUCACGGAUUGGUGGUCUAAGGACACGAUCGAUGCUUUCACGAAGAAGACCGAGUGCUUUGUUGAGCAGUACUCUAACUUCACGGUCCCAGGACCCGAUGACAAGCCUCUCCACGUCAACGGUCGUCUUACACUGGGUGAGAAUAUUGCCGAUGCAGGUGGUCUGUCAGCAGCCUUCCAAGCAUGGAAGCGCCGCUCAGCCGAAACCCCCAACAAGAACCUCCCUGGCUUGGAUCACUUCACCCAGGAACAAAUGUUCUUUGUCAGUUAUAGUAACUGGUGGUGUGGUAAGACGCGCAAGGACACCGCAAUCAACUGGAUCUACACCGACCCACAUGCUCCAAAGUGGGCUAGGAUUUUGGGCACAAUGGCCAACUCGAGGGAGUUCAGGGAAAGCUUCCAGUGCAAGGUCAAGGAGCCCACUUGCCAGUUGUGGUAA